ACUUUCAAUAUGGCCGACGAAGAAAGAAGUGUUGUAAACAACACACAAUCUACUGAAAAUAUCUCUAUAUCUCAAAGAUGUCGAACUAUAUUUAGCAGACGAAAUCUUGGUAUCUUGUUUCUUGGACAAAUGCUCUCCUUAUGUUUGUGUGGAACAGGAAUAUUUAGUCAACUACUUGAACAGGAUCACCACAUCAAGACACCAACCACACAAAGUUUUCUUAAUUAUGUAUUAUUACUGAUAUUAUUUAUGAGCCAACUGGUUUACAGAGGGGGAUUUCUGGAAGUAUUAAAGGAAAGAGGAUGGAAGUACUUGGUUCUUGGUUUGAUUGAUGUGGAGGCUAACUAUCUGGUGGUAAAAGCAUACCAGUAUACAAACCUUACAAGUAUCCAGGUCCUUGAUUGUUUUUCCUUACCAACAGUAUUAGUUCUAUCCUUAAUAUUUUUAAAAGUCCGGUAUAAGUUAGUACAUUACAUUAGUGUGGUGGUGUGCCUCGUUGGAAUAGCUUGUCUGGUAACUGCUGAUUAUUAUGGCUCUAGAUAUUAUGGACCAGGUUCAAAUCAGAUUCUUGGUGAUGCAUUGGUCUUGUGUGGAAGUAUUUUGUAUGGUCUUUCUAAUGUGUCCCAAGAAUUCUUGGUCAAAACCUUCAGCAGAGUAGAAUUCCUGGCCAUGAUUGGUUUAUCUGGAUCUGUUGUUUCUGGAAUACAAAUGGCUGUGUUGGAAAGACAUGAGCUUUCUUCAAUUGAAUGGAAUUAUGAUGUCGCAUUUUAUUUCCUUGGAUUUGCUGUGUGCCUUUUUCUCUUGUACACACUCAUGCCAAUAGCGUUGAAGAUCAGUAGUGCAAUGGUGGUGAACCUGUCGCUUCUGACUGCUGACUUUUACACGCUAUUACUCGGCUUGUUACUCUUCAAGUACAAGUUUUCACCACUUUAUUUUGCUGCAUUCUCCCUGGUGAUUACUGGACUUGUGUUCUACAACAGCAAAUCUGUCCCUACACUACCCCCUUCGAAUCGAACAUACUUACAGCUGGAGGAUGAAAAUUCACCUCAAGAAACAGAAUUAAACGUUUGUUGUUAAUAGGUUAGUUUAGUAUAGUGCACACCAUAUAGCCGUGAAAAACGUAAAUUAAUGAACUUGCCCAAAUUAGUAAGCUCAGUACACCUCAGUAGACCAUAGACCUACAAAACGUUGCACUAAUUUGAAAAUUUUUGUUUGUUAACUUUUUCAAAGCAGAUUAAGAUAAAAGAGUCAACAUUUGUAAGUAUGAACGUAUAGUUUACUCAGCAGAAUUGAUGGAUUCAAUUGCCGUGUUUUGAAUCUAAACGAACAAGCAAUAGGCUUAAGCGAGUAAGUUAAGCUCCUUUCUGAAGUGGACCUGCUUCUCCAUAUAUUUCAAAGAACGGCGUUCUUUUAAUAAGACAAAUUAUCCACGGUUUAAUUAUUUUGCCAUUAGAGACCUUUUGCUCUAAGUUCUUGCUAGGUACCGCGAACCUUGAUCUACUUACAGUUUGAGGUCAAGCGUUUUUCGUCAAACUUUGGAGUACACAUAUAUUAACGAAGUUGUUGUUGGAAAAGCGGCGAUAUUGAAUUUCUUGGAUGCUUAGUUAUGCUCGCUUUUAGUGGUACUAUUUCUGUCAGUAUAAAAGUAUGAAAGGGCCACAGGUUUGUUAGCAUAUUGCUAUUUAGUGCUACCCUCAGUAAAUAAAGAGUUUAUU